AUGACGAUUGUGAACAUCCGCCGUGACGUAGACGACAAGUUCUACCGCUACCGCAUGCCUCUGCUGGAGAUCAAGAUCGAGGGAAGGGGUAAUGGUAUCAAGACGGUGGUGCCCAACAUGUCCGACAUCGCCCGCGCUUUGAGCCGCCCCCCGUCGUACCCCACCAAGUACUUUGGCUGCGAGCUCGGCGCGCAGACCGUGAUUGAUGAAAAGGGCGACCGUUACAUUGUGAAUGGUGCUCACGAUGCGAACCGCCUGCGCGAGCUCCUCGAUGGCUUCAUCGACAAGUUUGUCCUGUGCGGCGAAUGCAAGAACCCCGAGACGGAUCUCAAGAUCCGCGACGGCGACAUUCUGCGCGACUGCAAGGCGUGCGGUAAGCGCACCUAUGUCGACAUGCGCCACAAGCUGACGACCUUUAUCAGCAAGAACCCUCCGCCGAAGCGCGCCAAGGGCACCAAGGGCGCCGGCGCCGCCUCGGGCCAGACGGUCGGUGCCGGAGACGAGGGCGAGGACGGCGGGAGCGACGACGAGCUCACGCGCCGCAUUGCCGCCGAGGCGCAGAACAUCCCGACUGCCGAGCAGCGCGCCGCCGACAAAAACGUCGACGAGGACUGGUCGGUGGACACCUCGGAGGCGGCCGUCGCUGCGCGUGUCAAGGCGCUCGAGGGCUCGAUGAGCAAUGUCCUGUCGAUCGAUGACGAGGAGGAAGACGAUGAGUCUUCGCCCUACUCGCAGCUCGGUACGUGGAUCCUCGAGACGCGCGAGGCGGGCAAUGCGCUCGGCGCCGCCGAGGUCUACCGCAAGGCGCAGGAGCUCGGCAUCGAGAAGAAGCACAAGACGCUCCAGGUACUCUUCCAGGCGCUCUUUGACGACAAGGCGCCGCAGCAGGUCGACCAGUACGCGCCGAUGCUCGUCAAGAUGGUCACCUCGGAGAAGCACCAAAAGGCCAUGCUCGGCGGUAUCGAGCGCCUUGCGGGUCUUCAGCAUCCCUCGCUUGUUCCGAACGGUGUCCCGAAGCUGCUCAUGGGUCUGUACCAGAUCGAUGUGCUUGACGAGGAAAUCGCGCGCCAGUGGGGCACGCACGUCUCGAAGAAGUACGUCGACAAAGAGACCUCGAAGCGCGUGCGCAAGGCCGCUGCUCCUUUCCUCGAGUGGCUUGACCAGGCCGACAGCGACGAUGAGGACGACGGCGAGGACGACGACGAGGACGACGGCGAGGAUGACGGCGACGAGGAUGGCGACGAGGACGAGGACGCGGCCGGCGACGCGGCCGGCGACGCCUACCAAAAAGGCGACAGCGACCUCGACGACUUGUAG